AUGUUUGCAUUGUUCUCUUUGGCCUACUGGAUGAGAAUUCUAGAGCCACCUGGUAACGAUGAUGAAUACAAGAUUUUUCAGAAUCGCAUAGAUCACUUUGAUACUCAUGAUUCUUCAUAUUAUAUGGAAAGAUUCCUCGAAAACCUCACUUUUGUCAAUAAAACAUUCAAGAAAGCUCUUCUUUACAUUGGUGGUGAAUCAACACUCUCUCCAAGAUAUGUUCAAGCCGGUUCAUACUUAGAAUUAGCUGCACGUGAGAAUGCGGCCGUCUUCGCCUUAGAACACCGCUUCUUCGGUAAAUCCAUGCCAUUCGAUCAGCUCACAAAGGAAAAUUAUAAAUACCUCACAAUCCCGCAAGCCCUUGCCGAUCUUGCCGAAUUCAUUGAAAGGUACAUCUACACUCACCAUCUGGCCGACCAGGAUGGUGUUACAGUUGCCGUCGUUGGUGGCUCCUAUCCAGGCGCCCUUUCUUCAUGGUUCCGCCUUAAAUAUCCACAUCUUGCCGUUGCAUCAUGGGCUUCAUCAGCUCCCGUUAAUGUCAAGAAUGACUUCCCAGAAUACGAUGAAUACGUCGCAAAAAGAGUCAAUCUUUCUGCUGACGGAUGCCUUGAAAGAACAAGAAAAGUCUUUGACAUUUCCCAUGAGGCUGUUAAGUCUGGCGAUGCAUCCAAGAUCGCUGCUUUCAAGGAUAAAUACGGUAUCAAGCAUGAAACAAACGAUAUUUCCGCUCUUUACAUCAUUGCUGAUGUUUUAUCCGCAAUGGUUCAAUACAACUCUCGCUAUGGUGUUCUUGAUCAAUACUGCAAGAAGAUUACAGAAUCACAGUCAGAAAGCGAGUACGAAAACAUCUAUGUCCAGACAUUCAAAGAUUUCCUCAAGAACAACGGCCAAGAGCCAGAAGAUUACGAUCUUCUCCAAGCUACAAGCACAGAUCCAACCUCUGCUACAGCUAAUUCCCGUUCAUGGUCCUAUAUGACAUGCAAUGAAGUUGGCUGGUUCCAAACAGCAUCCGGAAAGCUUCGUUCCUCACUCCUCAACAUCGAUUACUUCACCACAGUCUGCCAGAACCUCUUCGGAAUCUCAUUAGCCGAUACAAAUCAAGUAAACUACAAAUUUGGCAACAUUAACCCAGGCCAAACACAAGUUUACUUCUCCAACGGUGAUGUUGAUCCAUGGUCAACCCUCGGCGUUGAGACAGCUUCACCAAAUAUCCAGAGAUACGCCGUUGUCAUUCCAGGAGAGUCCCAUUGCGCAGAUCUCGGAAAGUACAACGCUUCCCUUGAGUCAAAUCUCACAAUCGCCCAGGCCAAAAUCAUCAAUCAGAUGCAAAAGUGGAUGAAUAUGAGAAAUGACUGCGUAAACGGCAUCAGCAUCGAUGGUGAAUGCGCUUGCAGACAAGGAUGGACUGGUGAAACAUGCGAAGAAAUCGCAGCUUUCAAGAAAUCUGUUGAUAUCGCAAUCAUCGUCGGAAUUUCAGUUCCUGUCGUCGUCGUUGUCGUCAUCAUUUUCUCUUCAUGGAUAUUCGUAUAUAUUCCAAAGAAGAAACAGGCGAUGUUGCUUUACUCACAUGCUGAAAAUGCAUAA